AUGUGGUCAGAGGGGCAAGAAGGGUCAACUCUGGUGGGAAGAUGCCUGUGCAAGGAUAAACGAUACCACACAGGGGAACCCAGGGAAAUCUUCUUUCUGUUGUCUGCACAGAACUGUUAUCCAAGCCUUACAUCACAAGACUUACACCCGUGGAGGGUGAGGACUGUAGCAUUAACAUGUGAACCUGGAACUCCAAACACAGCCUACCUGUGGUGGAUAAAUGGUCAGAGCCUCUCAGAGGGUGACAGGCUGGAGCUGUCCGAGGGCAACAGGACUCUCACUUUACUCAGUGUCACGAGGAAUGACACAGGACCCUAUGAGUGUGAAACCUCGAACCUAGUGAGUGCCAACCGAAGUGACGCAUUCUACCUGAAUGUUACCUAUGGCCCGGAUGCCCCCACCAUAUCCCCCCCAGACUCAUAUUUCCGCUCAGGGACAAACCUCAGCCUCUCCUGCCAUGCAACCUCUAACCCACCUGCACAGUAUUCUUGGCUUAUCAAUGAGAAGCCCCAGCCAUCCUCACAAGAACUCUUUAUCCCCAACAUCACUACUAACCAUAGCGGAUCUUAUGCCUGCCUCGUCUAUAACUCUGCCACUGGCCUGAAUAGGACCACAGUCAAGAAUGUUACAGUCCUCGAGCCAGUGUCACAACCCUCCAUCAUUGUCACCAAAAAUAUCAAAGAAAAGAACUCUGUGGUCUUCACCUGUGUCUCAGGUGACCCUGAAAUCUCCAUCCAGUGGCUCUUCAGUGGCCAGAGCCUGCAGCUCACAGAGAGGAUGACGCUGUCUCAGAACAAUAGAAGGCUCAGCAUUGACUCCAUCAGGAGGGAGGAUGCCGGGGACUAUCAGUGUGAGGCCUCCAACCUGGUCUUCUCCAGCAAGAGUGACGUCUUCAGUCUGGUUUUGAUCUCAGAACAAAACCCCCAAGGCCUCCCCGUGCGGACUGUGGUAAUCAUUGUGGCCGGGGUCCUUGUUGGGGUGUCUCUGGUGAAUGCUCUGUGCUGCUUCCUGUUCCUUACAAAGACUAGAAGGGUCAGGGUCCAGCAUGACCUCAGAGAGCCAAAGCCGCCAGUGUCCACUUCAGGUCCUGGAGCCUCAGACAGCUAUGCCCUGGUCCCCUUUUCCACCCCCAAGGAAGCCACUCCUGUAUACCAGGAGUUACUAAAGCCUAGUGUGAGCAUUUAUGACCAGAUCAACCACACAGAAGAUGUGGCUUCUCACAGCAGCAGGGCUGGGGAGCAGUGCUGGGGCCGAAGCUCUUCUCCACAGAGGGAGGACAGAGCAGCCCUGACCACGGAGCCCCUCUCUGCCCCUCCACGCACUGGGAGUAUCUGUUGGCAGCGGCUGCUGUUCACAGCCUCACUGUUCACCUUCUGGAGCUCCCCGACCUCUGCUCAAGCCACUAUUGAUCUGGUGCCACCCCUCGUUGCUGAAGGGAAGAAUGUUCUUCUACUUGUCCACAACCUGCCUGAGAAUCUUAACAUCAUUUACUGGUACAAAGGCAUAACUACAACCGAUGACUAUGAAAUUGCACGAUAUUUAUUAAGCACUAAUGAAUCUGUGGAAGGGCUUGCACACAGCAGAAGAGAAACCAUAUUCCGCAAUGGAUCUCUGCUGAUCGAGAACGUCAAGCAGAACGACACAGGAGUCUACACGUUACAGAGCCUCGAUAGCCGUGGCAAUAAGAAAGACACGUCUGUUCAGCUCUACGUACACCCACUGUUAUCCAAGCCUUACAUCACAAGCAACAACUCCAGCCCCGUGGAGGGUGAGGACUCUGUAGCAUUAACGUGUGAACCUGGGACUCAGAACACAACCUACCUGUGGUGGAUAAAUGGUCAGAGCCUCUCAGAGGGUGACAGGCUGGAGCUGUCCGAGGGCAACAGGACUCUCACUUUACUCAGUGUCACGAGGAAUGACACAGGACCCUAUGAGUGUGAAACCUCGAACCUAGUGAGUGCCAACCGAAGUGACGCAUUCUACCUGAAUGUUACCUAUGGCCCGGAUGCCCCCACCAUAUCCCCCCCAGACUCAUAUUUCCGCUCAGGGACAAACCUCAGCCUCUCCUGCCAUGCAACCUCUAACCCACCUGCACAGUAUUCUUGGCUUAUCAAUGAGAAGCCCCAGCCAUCCUCACAAGAACUCUUUAUCCCCAACAUCACUACUAACCAUAGCGGAUCUUAUGCCUGCCUCGUCUAUAACUCUGCCACUGGCCUGAAUAGGACCACAGUCAAGAAUGUUACAGUCCUCGAGCCAGUUUCACAACCCUCCAUCAGAGUCACCAACGACACAGUCAAAGAAAAGGACUCUGUGGUCUUCACCUGUGUCUCAGGGGACUCUGAAAUCUCCAUCCAGUGGAUCUUCAAUAACCAGAAUCUGAAGCUCACUGACAGGAUGAUGCUGUCUGAGAACAACAGUAGACUCAGCAUAGAUCCUGUGGAGGGGGAAGAUGCUGGGGAGUAUCAGUGUGAGGUCUCCAACCUAGUCAGUUCCAAGAAGAGUUCCUCCAUCAGCCUGAUAGUAAACACUGACCCAGGGCAAGGAAGUUCUGGCCUCUCAGGAGGAGCCAUCGCCGGUAUCGUGGUUGGAGCUGGGGCUGGAGUGGCCCUGAUAGCAGGCCUGGGGUAUUUCCUGUACAGCAGGAAGACUGGCAGGGGAAGUGACCAGCACAAUCUCACAGAGCACACACCCUCAGCCUCCAACCACAGUCCGGGCCCCUCUGACAACUCUCCCAAGAAGGUGGAUGAAGUUCCAUAUUCUGUCCUGGACUUCAAUGCCCAGAAACCAAAACAACCAGCUCCAGCCUCUUCAGCCUCAGAAACGGUUUAUUCACAAGUGAAAAAGAAUUGAUGCAGUCUGCCCGGCUGACUGUACUGCUGAUUGCUGGUGCAUUCCCAGGCACUCGCCCCUCACUAGGAGAUAUCUGUUCCCUGGUGGGAGGAAGCACACACACACACACACACACACACACACACACACACACACACACACACACACUCCGCCUGUGGCUGCUCCGGGCUGUCUGUAGCCUCUCCCUUCAGUGUCAAUACAUGAAGAAACAUCCUGGAGCCUACAGGAAACCCCGCCUUCCCUGGCAUUGAAAGUUGGCUGAUGCUGCAUUGGGAGAGAUGUAUCAGAACCACGCCCCUCCACCUCCGCUGACCUACACUGUUUUAAAUGUCCCUGUUCAUAGCACAUCCCUUCCUUCCCCCAAGUCCUGUCCUAUCAGUCUUACUUGAAUUUGCCACAACCUUGAAGGCUACAUCCUCUUCCACUUGAGUGCCUGUGCCUGAAAAGUGAAAGUAAAAGCAGGAAUGGCCGUUCCUUUCUCUUUAAGCCUGAUGUGAAGCCAGUGCAUACAGGAGAAUCAAACGUAUAGCCAGGAAACCUAUACAUUUGACAAUAGUCAUGAUUUCCCAUCUGUAGGAUCAGGAGCACAGACCCUUGUGUGGUUGAACAAUGUUACCACCCUUUAGUGAACCUGUGUCCGGAAAACCCACUGGAAGCAGUUAGGAAAGCUAUUGACCAACAUCCAUCAACGAUUCCUAAAGCAAAAUGCAACAGUGAGGGGCAACAUCUUUGCUGUCUCUAUGGACUUCAUUCAUGAAGGUGCCCAGACAAGCAAAGAAGACAGCUUUGCAUUGACAUAGCUUUCUGGGAAUUUGAGAAAGGAACAGAGAGCUACCCUACAUAAAUGAUUGUUAAAGAAGCUGCAAGGAAACCGGGCUUCCCCUUUCAAAGGAAAAUGGUUCAUCAUUUCCAUUUGUAACUGCUUACUUAUGUGAAAGGGAAGCUGUUUGCUUGAUUGUGUAAGUCCAUUUGUCAGCCUUAGGGAAAAGAAACCACUAAACCCUCAGGCUCCUUUAACCAGGAACUUCUCAGACCAUUUUUGUUAAUGUUCCAAACAAAAAAAAAAAAAAAAAAAAAAAAAAAAAUAGCAAUGCAGCUGUUUCCAGAGCCCCAGCCACUCAACCAGCUGGGUUAAGGUUGCCCGCUUUUUUGAACUACGCAGAAAAGAGUUAAGUUCCUUUUUCUGUUUUUCUUUCUUUUGGGUCCUGGCUGAGCCUGGACAGCUUGCUUCCUCUGACACCCUGACUUUCCUCACUGUUUUUAAAGCCCCUCCCCCACAACACAGCUUCUUGCCUGCUCCUUUUAAACUCUAAUAAAAUUGUCUUUCUGCUUAAAAAAAAAAGAGAGAAAAAACAAAAGCAAACCAAACAAACAGGAACAGCAACAACAGCAACCAGCAACCGAGAGGCUUUCCUUAUUCACGCCAGGAAUGGAGCUAACUCAGUUUUGGGGCAUCUAGGACAGUCUCCAGCUACCUUUCUGUACAGUGUUUGUACCUGUGCAUUUUUUUUUUCAUUUUUUAUUUUUAGAUAGGGUUUCACUAUGCAGCCUUCACAGACCUGAAACUCACAAUCCUCCUUCUGUAGGGACCUCAGUCUGUAGAGACCUAAGUUUCUCCUAGGGUGUGUGAAGUGUGUCCUUAAAGGAACACAGACACUCAAGUCCAAGGCAUUGUUUACUGCCUAGAAAGCAGCCCUGGUGUUCCCUUGGGAAAUGCAAGCUGUUAGCAGGAAACUGACUCAGCCCUGGGCUUUCUGAACAGCCUAUGAAACACCUUUUCUCACAUGGGAUUUAUGGAUCCCAGUUGGGAUUAGAAUUAAAAAGGACAGGAGAAGGAAAGCAAAUGUACUUCUCAGGAAAUCUUCUGGUACAUAGGUGCAUCUCUCCGUGCCAGCUGAACAAAGGGUUUUACUUGCUAUUAAAUGUUAGGAUGUCACACUGUGCCUGGCAGGCCUUCUCCAAGAGAACUGUGUAGGAGUCCUGGGCUUAGGGACCUCUCUCAGGGACUUCUGGCCUGAACACAGCCUGCGUAUACUUUCCUCCACCCAUGCUGUGCUGGGUUAUUUAAUUUUUCCUGGCUAACACUGAUUCUGAGUUAUUUGUAAAUUUGCUGUAUAUUUAUAAUAAAAAUUCUAUAUCAUUAA